GAGGAGCCGGGCGCGAUGGAGCGGAAGAGGUGGGAGUGCCCGGCGCUCCCGCAGGGCUGGGAGAGGGAAGAAGUGCCCAGAAGGUCGGGGCUGUCGGCCGGCCACAGGGAUGUCUUUUACUAUAGCCCAAGCGGGAAGAAGUUCCGCAGCAAGCCGCAGCUGGCGCGCUACCUGGGCGGCUCCAUGGAUCUGAGCACCUUUGACUUCCGCACGGGCAAGAUGCUGCUCAGCAAGAUGAGCAAGAGUCGGCAGCGCGUGCGCUAUGACUCGUCCAACCAGGUCAAGGGCAAGCCUGACUUGAAUACGGCGCUGCCCGUGCGGCAGACGGCCUCCAUCUUCAAGCAACCGGUGACCAAGAUCACCAACCACCCGAGCAACAAGGUGAAGAGCGACCCGCAGAAGGCGGUGGAGCAGCCGCGCCAGCUCUUCUGGGAGAAGAAGCUGAGUGGCCUCAACGCCUUCGACAUCGCCGAGGAGCUAGUCAAGACCAUGGACCUGCCCAAGGGCCUGCAGGGGGUAGGUCCCGGCUGCACGGACGAGACCUUGUUGUCAGCGAUCGCUAGCGCCCUGCACACCAGCACCAUGCCCAUCACCGGCCAGCUCUCGGCCGCCGUGGAGAAGAACCCCGGCGUGUGGCUGAACACGACGCAGCCCCUGUGCAAGGCCUUCAUGGUGACGGAUGAGGACAUCAGGAAGCAGGAGGAGCUGGUGCAGCAGGUGCGGAAGCGGCUGGAGGAGGCGCUGAUGGCCGACAUGCUGGCCCACGUGGAAGAGCUGGCCCGCGACGGCGAGGCCCCGCUGGACAAGGCCUGCGCCGACGAGGACGACGACGACGACGAGGAGGAGCCCGAGCAGGACCAGGAGCUGGAGCAGGUGUAGCGUAGAUGCCUGCCCAGGAGCCCCUGCUGCAGGGCCCCCAGCUCGCCUCGGAGCAGCCGCGCGCGGGACCAGGCUGCCCGGCCCUGAGGCAGGGCCCCCAGCUCGGCUCGGAGCAGCUGCCGUCCACCCGUGGCCCUCGGGGGCGCGGCUCUGUGAAGACCCGGGUUCUAGAGGUGCCGCCGGCUCCUGGGCCCUGCCCGGCCACGAGGACUGCGCGAAGUCGCCGCCGCCAUUGCGUUGGUGAAGCGCAGGGUGUCCAGCCCCGGCCCGGCCCCGGCGGGCGUGGAGCUGCCCGGGCCAGCCUCCUGGGCGGUGCUCUCCGGCUGGGCUGGGCCUCAGCCCCGAGCGAGUGUGCGCCCCACCGGCCGCUUCCCUCAAUAAACGGGUGACGCGGACGGGC